AUGGUAAAAUUUCUGAUUUUCUGUGUAUUUUUUAUGGUUUCUUUGGUGAAUUGCCAAAAUCAAGAGGAUUUUGGCGACAAUUCUGAAUUUAUUGAUGGUGAGAAAUGUAAUGAUCAGGAUUUGUACGAUAUUAUGAUGAAGGUGGGGUUUUUAGCUUGACCGAGUAUUUAAUGUGCGAAAUUUGGCUGCGUAGGCACGCAGUCAAUUCAAAAAAUAGUGAAACGUAGACCUUGGAAAAACUUUUUCUCCAAAAAAAAAAUUUAAAAAAUUCUCGACCACGGCAGGAUUCGAACCUACAAUCUUCUGCUCCGUAGGCAGACGCGUUAUCCAUUGCGCCACGCGGCCAGUCUCUCUGCCUGGCGAAAAUUACCAAUAAAAAUACGAUGCAAAAAAAAUUUUCAGGCAGCAAAUCGCGCAGGCAUUCAAAAUCGUCUGGAAAUUCGCCAAUUAACAAUCGGCUGGAUGACGGAAAUGUAUCCGAUGGCAAGAAGUAUGGGAUCGAUUUGCACUUCGCGUAAAUUCACUUUUCCCAAGGAGACGAAUCAUCGAUUUUGCACGGUGAAUCAUGGAAGUUUUAAGUGUCAUUCGAUUGUUUUUUGA